UGACUUAUUAGAUGACGUAAUUCACCGCUAGAUGGUUCAUUAUACUUGAACCGGAAUCCCCAAACAAGCUUUGAGCGAUGGAUGUAAAUUAGUAAGAAUAUGUGGAUAAAAUCGCCAGUAGAUUUUUCUCAAACAAACUGAAAACACGUCACAAAACAAUGUGCUUUAAACUAUUAAACACCUAUAUAAAAGUGGGCAAGUUGUUCGCUCUUACUCCACCUUCCAUUGAAACCGAAGAAAACACCAAAUUCCGUCAAAUUUAUCAAGUGUUUAUGAUUCUACUCACCAUUGUUUGUGUCACGAUAUCUGUGUAUUUCAGAGAUUUCUAUUUGCAAUACAAUCUUGCAAAAAUAACAGUGUGCCUUCUUACCGAUAUUGUGCUGUGUAUUUUUUGUUGUCGGGUAGUGUGGGACACAUCUAAAGUGCCACAGUGGAUUGAAUUAAUUAACUGCUUAAAACAAACAAGCUGCUUAUUAGAAGAGACAGACAAUAACAAAGAAGAACGAAUACAAUGGAAGUUUAUAGUGCCCCAGGUUAUUUUUUGGAUUAUCGCAAUUUUUAUAACCGUUUAUUGGUAUACCGUUUUGGGAGUGCUACAGUUAGAACAGUACGGGUUCGAAAUUUUACAGAAUUAUGUCCAGCUGUUUUACACCUUUUAUAUACACACGAUUAUAGACAUGAUUCAACGGAGAUACAAAGCUUUGAAGCUUCAUUUCGAAAGAAAGUUAGUAUCAAAUGAUCAAAAUUUAAAUCAGAUGGGGCACUAUGCUUGUACCUUGAAGGAGACUGUGAACAUAUUUAAUAGUAUUUAUGGAUGGUCUUUACUUUUAUUAAUCACUUUUACCACUCUUCAGUUUCUUAAUUAUUUAGAAUACAAUCUUCAAAGUCAAGAAUAUGGAACACAAAACGUGUCUAUGACUAUAAUAGCAGAAGUUUUAGCUAUCGUUGUGUCCUUCGUACCUACAAGUAUGUUACUUCUAAAAUGUGACAAUGUAAUGGAAGAAUUUGAAAACAUUGUUUUUCUUGUAUCGAAGUCCAGUGCAAAACUUACAGAUCCACAAAUGAGGGAAGAAGUGGAUAGGUUUGGUAAUAUUCUUGCAACAAAUCUUCCUCAGUUUAGUGGAGCAAGAUUUAUUUUCAUUGGUCGAAGUACACUCUUGGGUAUAUUUGGAACCGUUGCUACGUUUUUCAUAGUGAUUACUACGUUUGAACCCAAAGCAAGACCAAAUAUUAUUGAAACAGCAGCGAACGUGUCCCUGUUCGGAACGUAGAGAUUUUAUUUUGACUUAAACUGUUAUAAAAUGAUCAUCAAACGCAAAUUUAUUGUAGGUGUAGGUGUUCUUACGUAUGUAUUAAAGAUAUACGCGAAGAUUUACAUUCUCAACUACAAAAUUUUUGCCGGUUUGUUUAGUUAUCAGAAUGCGAAAUACACACGCAACAGUUGUAAAUUAUAUUUUUCGUUUAAUCAGUAGGUACCAUCCUUUGUUAAUUUUAUGAAUCUGAGGUUGAACUCUAGUAUUACAAAUUUUGGUAAAAAUUUUAAUAAUACCCUUGCCAAAAAACUGGGAGGAGUACAUUUUCAUGUCCCACAAUUAUAAUAUUAUUGUUUUCUGAAGUUUUCCUUGUUGUUUUAUACAUUAUUGUAGUGGUUUAAUAUAUUAAUGAAUGUACUGGAAUGCACAUAAUAUGAAUGAACUAAUUUUAUCAGCGUAACAUAAUCUUCCUUGGCUUUGAUUAGAGCAUGCACAUUAAUUGCAUUUAAAAAUAGCUUGUUAUUAUUUGCUUGCACAUAUGGAUACA